AUGUCAUCAAGAAACAAAAAGAACAAGAUGCCUCACCUCUCAGCCCCUGCUUGCAAACCACAUGAAUAUAACUUGAACAGCAAUCCAUCACACUAUCAAGCACCAGAGAAUUACUUUGAGCAACUGACUCAAAGAAAGUCUAGAGUUGAGCUCGAGCAAUCAUAUUUGGUGUGUUCUGAAAACCAAGGUCCAAGAGAGAAAAGGAUCUACAAAAUAAUGCAAAAAGUCCUCAAGGAUUGCAAUCUUCAGGUGUGCGAGAUACUUGACCCAGAAAGUUCCCUCUUGCUCUUGUAG